AGUGCGAAGUGCGGACACCCGAGCCGCCGCCAUUGCCGAGGAGAGAGAGAGAGAGAGAGAGAGAGAGAGAGCAGAGCGUGGACGGGGAAGAGGAGGAGGAGAUGGGCGGGCUGGAGCAGGAGCAGGGCCUGAGCCUGGGCGUCCUCAUCGACAUCGUCGACGAGCAGUGGAUGCGCGACUCCCUCCCUGCCGACGACAUCCCCGUGCCGCCGUCCAUGGCCGUCAAGACCGAGGACGCCGAGGAUCCAGCGCCGGCCAAUCAGGAAAGCCAACCAGCACAAGGGGAUGUAUGGCGUGAUUUUGCCUUGGAAAAUCUCUGAUCUCUCAUGACAAGUGCCUCCAGAUAUGGAGAUUCUAUGCCGAGGGCCUAAGCGUGGUGCAUCAUGGCUUCUGCGCUGCGCAAAUGUUCACCUGAACUUAAUUUAAUAUCUGGUUUGAACUGUAGUUUGUUGUGGCCACAUUUAAAACCUAUGCAAGUGUUCCAGAUAUUGGCUGCAUGAUGGCGUUGAACCUUGUGUUAGCCUGUUAUAAAUUCUAUGGUGAUGAUGAAUUGAUGACAGCAAUUUAGUUAUGCAA